AUGCGCCGUUUUGUGUGCCUGUCAAGUGCCGCGGCUGUGUCAAGCCUUUCGGUAGCCACCGCGGUCGCUAAUUCCGCGACGUUGACGGCCGUACCGGCCCGCUUUAUCUAUACGACGUGGGGGUCUGUGCCUUGCGAGGACUGGGCGCGCAACGAGAGCUGGCUGAAGCGCAUCACUUCGCAGUCCGAUUACCGCAGCUUCGAGUUUUGGCACGUGCCGCAGGCGGAUGUUCCAGCGGGGCUGAGGCUGAACGCGGUCGAGCGCUACCUACUGAGCAGCUUGGAGAACGACACAGACCGCCUGUUGCACGUCUCCUGGUGCGAAGACUUCGACCCGUACUGGCACGACCGUGUAGGUUCGCUGGAGAUGCUCUACAAGAUCGUGUAUACGAACGACUACCCGCUCUACCGCUACAUCUUCGGCAACUGCAUGCACAAGGUGGCAGAAAAGGAGUACAUGUUGCGCAAGCUGAAUUACCUCAAGAGCGUUCUCUUCUGGGCUGGUCGCACGGAGAGAUGCUAUACAAGCAUCGUGAAGGCACGCUACUACGUACAGCGCUGCGUGUGGAAUGCACUGGAGCGCGAGCGCUAUCUCUGCGCCUGCGUCGAGGCCGUCGACUCCUUCGGGAAGAAAGUGCCGGAGGAGCUGCGUCAGAAGGUGAUGCCCGAGCUGGAGGUGGCUCUGGUGAGCAUGCGCCAUUGGGUGUGGGACUGUCCGAACGGCAAGCGCACCUUUACGCGUCGCCUUGCGUAA